AUGGAACCUGAUUUGUUAUACCAGAUUAAAUUAAAAAAUGCUGAUAAAGUUAAAAGUCGACGUCGAUUAGUUGUCGAGCAAAUUGUCAAUCAAAUGAAAAUUUUUCAAGAUCAAAGAGUUGAUACCAGUAUUUCUAAACCAGCAUACAUUGCCGAAUUUAGUAAAUGUGUUAACAAAAAGGAUAGCAAGCCAGAAAUUCAAAAAUGGUUGAUUCUAAAUUACUUGGAUAAUCUUAAUAAAGCAGAAAAAUAUUUCAUAAAGCAAUUUCAAAGAAGCAUUGAAGAAUACAAAUUUGUUCCAAAUGUCGGAUUGGCUGUUUGUUUAGAUGAUCAGCAAGCACUUGGUCGAUUAUUUUGUUUUCUGCCACUCCCUAUUGAAAUGCCUUUUAGAGUUUCUGUUCAUGGAUAUUUUGCGGUUAGCACAAAUCGCCGUUCUUUACCUGCUGAUAAUGAAGAUCUGGCUGUAGGUUCAUUGGCUCGUCUUAAAGUUGGUUGGAAUCAAUAUUUGUUUAACCAAGUGUUACCAUCUGCAUGGGUAGAAUUGUUACAUCAACUAUGUUCUUCUCAUGUGAUCUACAACAAUUCCAAAGAAUUUUAUUCACUUUGGCCAUUAUUUUCAUCAAAAAGAUCCAGUGUCAAUAAAUUUUGUAAAGAUAUUUUAUUAAAUGUUGUGGAAAAUAUUAAAGUUGAAGACAAAGUUUUUUUUAAUGAAUCACAAACACAGGAUCAAAGAAUAUUCAAAAUUUUGGCAGAUUUAGGAUUCCUUGUGAUAGAAGUUCCUAGUGAAAUAUUGAUUGUGUUGAAGGAAUCUAAAAAUGGGUCUUCAAUUAAAUUCUAUUCACCCAGAAUUGUAAAAAUGUUUUUCUAUGAAAGGAAAUAUCUGUUGGAAAAUAUUCCAAGAGAUAAAAUUCUCAUCAUAUUUAAUUAUAUUUUGGGUGAUGAUAAAUCAGAUUAUUUAGAUGGAUUAAAAAUGAUUCCAUUAUCUGAUGGAUCAUUAGGCACAAUUUCAACAGCAUCAUCAAACGAAGGAGAGGAUGAGGAUUGUUAUUAUAUUGGUCCUGACAAUAAUCAAGUAACGCUUGAAUAUGAUGAGAGAAAGAUUUUUAAAAACUGUUUAGCAAAAUUCGUUGAUAAAGAAAUUUCAUCAAAUUUAUGGAAUAAAUUAUACAACAAUGCAAAAACGAAUCGUCAUGGAAUCAGCAACAUUAAAAUUUUGAAUGAAAGUGUAGUUGCUAAAAUGAUCAAGUCAAACCUGGCUAAUUCGGUUAAUUACAAUGAAAAAUACGAUGAGAUAAAAAUGCAUAAAAAUGAUAAUAAUCAACGCGAAUGGAUUUAUCUGUUAUGGGAUAAUUUAUUGUGCAGAAAAAUGUUUGAAUUUAAACAUUUUGAAAAUCUUCAUAUUUUACCAACUAAUGAUGAUAAUGUUAAUAUUACUUUGAGGAGAUUAAAAACUAUUCAAAAAUGUUUUUGUUAUAGUGAUAAGAAAAGCAACUCUUCACCUGAAGAAAUAAUUAUCAUUCUUAAAUCUUUUGGACUUGUUUUUGUUGAAAAAGAAUUUAAUGAAAAUUUUGCACCAAAAGAAACCAGAUUAGAAAAUUAUGUAUUCAACAUCACAGAUGUAGUAGCAAAAGAAAUGGUUUCGAUGUAUUUCAAGAAAAAUGGUUUAUUGAUUCCAAAUACAAAUAUCAAACUUGUUGAUAUCAAUGUCGUUCAGUUUGAUAAUAUGCCUGAAGCUGAUAAAGACAAUGAUAAAAGUGCACAUCCAAGAAUCUCAUUAGAUAUGGCAAAAAAAUUAAGAUUAAAAAUGCUCAAUGAAGUUUUCAUCGAAUCAGUGAAUCUUCCUUUUAAAUCAUUUGAACAAAGUGAGCCUUUAACAGUUAGAUUAAAAAAUAUUAUUGAAAGUUACCCGAUAAACCUUUUAUUUAAAGAGUUUUUACAGAAUGCUGAUGAUGCAAAAGCGACUGAAUUUUGUGUUUUUGUGGAUGAUCGUGAUUUCAGGUCAGUGAAUCCUGGAAAUAAUCCAAAACUAAUAUCACCAGAAAUGUACGAUUGGCAAGGUCCUGCUCUUUGGAUUUAUAAUAAUGCGAAAUUUACAAAGGAAGAUUUUCAAUCAUUUUUAGAGCUUGGUGUUGGUGGUAAAAAAAAGGAUCAUAGUAAAAUAGGACGAUUUGGCCUUGGAUUCAAUUGUGCAUAUCAUAUUACAGAUUGUCCAAGUUUUGUCAGUGGUAAAUAUAUCGCCUUUUUAGAUCCACAUUCUAAAUUCCUACCAGCUAUAGGCCAUCCACCAACACGUCAGCGUGGAAAUAUAUUAAAGUUUCUUGAAAAAAGCUUCGGCACUCAUUUCCAAGAUCAAUUACUACCAUAUAAAGGAAUUAAAAAUUGUGAUUUUACAAAAGAAUUUGAUGGAACUCUGUUCAGACUCCCGUUUAGAACACAAAGAUUAGCUGAUAUGAGUAAAAUAUCAAAUAAAGUAGAAGGACCUGAUUCAAUAGUUGAAUUAUUAUCUAAAAUUGAAGGAAGCCGAGAAAUGAUUUUUUUAAAAAACAUUAAAUCUUUUAGUGUGCAUAGAAUCACAGACGAUGAUGACGAUGUUGAUAAUCCAAUUUUAAUCUGGAAAGCAAAUAUACGUCUUCCCAUUGAUUUGGGAUCUAUUCGAAGUACCUUUAUCAAUAUUAAUCAUGCAAGACCUUUUGAACUAUGUAUAGAAAUAGAGAGUAAUGUUUAUGAAUGUGAAGAUACUGUGACAAGUUCUGAAAAAUGGUUAAUUUGCAACGGCGAAGAACAAAAGACAUUGGAUAUGGAUUUACAAAAUCUUUCAACCGGUGAAGGCUUGAAACCUAGAGGUGGUGUUGCGAUUUUUUGGGCUCAAGCAUACGAACCAUUAGAUAAAAUGCAUAACGGUAUUCAUUUGGAACCACCGAAACUCGAAGGAGAUAUUUACGUAUAUUUGCCACUUCCAAUUAAGACAAAUUUGAAUGUGCACUUAAAUGGUGAAUUUUUAGUGUCUAAUGAUCGAAGUAGUAUUCUACAAUUUGAUAAUAAUAAAUCGACACAAUAUGGAGAUUCAGAAGAAAAAAUUCAUAGAUGGAAUCAACACAUUUUACAAGAAAUAUUACCUACUUUACAUGUUAAAUUAUUAGAAGAUAUUGCAAAAAGAGAUCAUAAAAGAUUCAUAGAACUCAAGGGUGAUACAAGUAAUUUUAAUGUCUAUACUACCACACAUUUUUGGCCUGUUAUUAAUAAUGAUGCUAAUUUUAGAAUAGACACAAUAUACAAACAAUAUGGUUUAAAAGUAUUACGAAAAUUAAUUGCAAAAAAUAGUAAAAUUUUUUGGACAGAAGCAAAUGGUGGCAAAUUUGUCGGUGCUGCAGAAGCAUUACUUUUCGACGAUAAAGAAGAUAUUGAUAUACAUCUUUUUACACAAAUAGGGACUCCAGUUGUUAAAUUGGAAGAGAAAAAGUUGAAACAUUUUACAAUGAGAUUUGGAAUGAAAUUUGAUCACCAGCUUUUUGACGCAGAUAUGGUUUGCGAUUUGUUGAAACAUGUAGACAAAAAUCUAUUAGAUCAUCAAAAGAUAUUCAAAUUUUUAAAUUUCAUCCUUAUUACGAAGGCAAAAUCAUAUGAAAAAUUAUUGAAAUUACCUUUGGUUCCGUUAUGUAAUGACGAUGUGGGCGACUUUGGAGAAAGUUCAUAUUUUAUCGAUCAAAAUGGAGAAUGUAAAUAUUUAUUCCCAAGCGCGUAUUCCAAUUCAAAAUUCAUUUGUAGUAACUUACCAAGUAAACUCAAAAAGAUUUUUCUUGAAGCGGAAUUCUCAAAAACAUUGAAAAUUAAUGAAGUAGAUGCAAACGCGAUUUUAGAUCUUAUAGGCUAUGAAUUGCCUGGUAGAGAUUUUCACUGGGAUCCGGAAUCUGAUUCCAUACCAAAUCGUACAUGGCUUGACCGUAUAUGGAAAAAUUUAAUGUUUACCGAUUAUGAUUAUUCAAAAUUCAAAUCGUAUCCUCUACUCCCAAUGACCCAUCCAAGCCGCCAACUUGUCUUACCAAACACUGAAUAUCCAUUAUUAUUAAUAGAUAAUGAAGAAGAUUUGGUCUUUAAAGUUCUGACGAAAUUAAAAGUUCGUUUUACUGACAUGGCUUUCCCUAAAUUUGCAAAUCCAAAUCUUCAACAUUUCGUUGUUGAAUGGAACUUUACAAAUGUUCUUAAAGCGAUUGAAAAUGUAGCCAAUAUAUCCCAUUUAGAAAUUAAAGGAUUAUUUGCACAAGCUGAUUUGUCUGACAAAGACAUAGAAGUGAUAAGAUUAUUUGUCAAAAAACAUUUUAAUUUAUAUGGAAAAUCAACAAAAAAAGAAAGAACCUUUAAACCUAUCCUUGACCAAUUGCAAAUUUGGCCAGUGCAUUCAUCAAUUAAACAUAAUUAUGUUGCGGUUGUAGAUGGUUUAUUAUUACCAAAAACUUUUCAAAAUGUUUCUUUCCAGGUUGACACUAAUUAUUUUUUGACAGAAAGUGAUCAUGAAUAUAGCAUUUUAGUUGAAUUGGGUGCCAAGGAUUCCUACGAUUUUUUGACGCAAGAUUUAUUACCAUGCAUUCCAGACAUACCAGAUCAAGAUUGUGUUCAAUUGUUAAUAAAUGUUUUAUUGUUAAAUGACCCAAGGAUUGAAGAUUAUUUCAGAUAUAAACAAUCAGGAAUUCCGAACAAGACAUUAUCCGAAUAUCGUAAAGCAAAUGAAUUGUAUAACGAGAAUGUGCCAUUAUUUAGGUCAAUUUUUAGAGAAUCAAACAGAUUUUUACCUGAUGAAUUGCAAAAUCAUCUGCAAUGUUUGAACGUUUUAAGAAGAAUGGAUUUUAGAAAUAGUGUUAAUGGUGAAUCGUUAGUAGAGUGUGCUGAGGAAAUCCUUAGAAAUAUCCAAUAUGAAGACACUCCAUUUAAUGUUGUUAAACAAAAGGCUGAAGAUCUUUUAAAAUAUUUUUAUCACAAUACAGAUUUACUAAGAAGGGAUCAACUCAAUCGUUUUUUAAAUAUUAAAUUUGUUCCAGUAGCAAAAAAUCUAGAUUUCCCAUAUAAAGAAACUGUAAAAAGUGAUAUAUAUUAUGAAUCACUCAAUUCUAUAUGUUUUCAAAGACAUCGUGAUUUAUGUUGGACCCAAGUUUGUCUGAUUGAUCCAAUUAUUGAACCACCGAGCUCAUUUUCUAUUUCUAAAUUAGGUUUCCCAAAAUUCCGACAAAUAUUUAAUCAUUUAUGUCAUUUGUCAUUAAAGUCACGGGAAGAUAACAAAGAUUGGAUAUCACAAUAUGCGGAUAAACAUAUAUUAAAAUCUAUAAAGGAAAUAUAUACCUAUUUAAAUGAUUGUUUAGAAACUAUAAGUGAUGACGAACUUCAAGAAACUUUCCAAACAGAUGAGCCUGUAUUUUUAAAUAGUGAGAAUCCCUUUACAAAUAGUUGGAAAAGUGGUAAUCAACUUGUAUUUGGCAUUCGAGAGGACAUCAAUAACAAUUUAUGCAAAGUUAAACCAAAUCUGGAACCAUAUAAAAGAUUGUUAAAGGCUUCUGGUGCAAAAGAAUUGAAUGAUAUCGAGCCUGAUGUAAAAGUCGGUGAAUAUUCUCAACGAGAAAAGUUAUUAAAUGGGUUAUUUGAUAGUUUAGCUGGAUAUCCGGAUACUCAUCAUCAUGAUGUGAUAUUUAAAGUUGGAGAUGAAGAAACUAAUAAAAUGGAAGAAAUUGGUGCAAAUAGAUAUGUUUUAUCUGCUGCGUCUGAUCACUUCAAAAGUAUGUUUUGUGGCGGCUCAAAAGAAUCAAUAGAGUUCCAAAAGGUUUAUGUUGAAUUGACGGAUAUAAAACCUGAAGGGUUUAAAAUAUUUUUAAGAUGGUUGUAUGGACAAUCAUUAGAUGAAUUGAUCGACGAGCUUGCGAAAAAAAAGACAGAAGUUGAUGAUUAUGAAAGUUAUUACUUGAAAUUAUUACUUGGAAUUUUAAAAUAUUCUGAUAUGUAUUUUAUUGAUGCGUUAAAAGAAAGGUUAGAAGAAAAGAUUUUAACUGGUCAUUAUAUUGAGCCCAAUAAUGUUAUAGAAAUCAAGCAAUGGGCAGAAUAUUACAGGGCAAAUCAAUUGGUUAAAGGAUGCAAUCAAUAUAUUAUGAAAAAUGAAGAAUUGAUUACGAUGCAAAGAAACAAUGAUAUUGGAGAUGCUGAUGAAAGCAGUUAA